AUGUCAACUUCGUCCCAGCUCAAUUCAUUAACCAGUCGUCCUAUGACCCAAUCAAGCGUCAAACAUCAUUCCGAUUCCUAUGAAGAAAUUGUGUAUGCUGCUGGCGAGAAUUAUUCGCUUCAAUUGACGGCUCAAUCGCUCUCCCAGUUGGAUUAUGCAAAAAAUUGUAAAGUCCAUGAUUUUACGAGUGAUUCUGCCCAUCCGCAGCACUUUACAUCGUUUCAUACUGUAUUUUCAACACAUUUGAAUACAGAUGAGUCAUCAAAGCAUUACGAGAAUUAUAGAGUAGAGAAUAUUUCUAAUUCUUCAUUUACAUUACUGACUACUCGGGCCAUCACAAACAAAGGCAAUGUGACAAGUGACAUUUACAUGUGUGGAAGAGCAUUAGGAGUUGGAUUUCACAUCUCCGACAAUAACAAUGACCCUCCAUCUUUCUCAGGUACAGUUUCAUCCACCAAUCACUCCCUGCUCUAUUCAUGGUCGAGUAAUAAUUUGAUUCCAACACUCCAACAAGUGGAUCAUGAUUUUUGGAAAUUAAAAAGUGAAACAAAUGAGCAAUCAGUAUGCAUUGUCGAUUCUUCAGUAGGAUUUGAACAUUCUGUGAUUGUAUUUUCCAAUGGAAAGGCAAUGGCAUGUGGUCGCAAUAAGAAGGGUCAAUGCGGGACUGGAGAUUUUGUUGAUGUACCCAAAUGGAAAUUAAUUCCAACCGAGUAUCACAUUGUGAAAGCAAGUUGUGGGUCUUACCAUACUGUCUUCCUUGCUCGGCCACACGAUUCCUCCAAAGUGACCAAACUCAUAUAUUGUGGAGCUUUCAACACUGAUCGAGGCGACGUUUUUCACAACAAAUUAGAAACCCUCAUGGAGUGCAGGAAUAGGAAUGGGGAAAAACAUAGUGAAAACACUACUGUGAUGGUGGAAGAUGAACAGUUUGUGGAUGUGAAAUGUGGACAAAAUUAUACAUGUGUGUUGACAUCGUCAGGAAAAGUCUAUGCAUUUGGUAGAAACGCUCAAGGGCAAUGUGGAAAUUUAACCUCCAAGACCAUUUCAAAACCAACCUUAAUGAAAGGUCUUGACAAGAUGAAAAUUUUAAAAAUUGCUUGUGGAAGUUCUCAUACCUUAUUGCUCACAGAUACUCAUCAUGUCAUGGUAGUGGGAAAUAAUGAACCAGGCCAACUUGGAAUUGGAGAUGUAAGAACCAGGUUCAUUCCCGAACGAAAUGAAUUUUUUGCCCGAAUGUGGGAUAAAAAGACUGAUGCGACACCUCUCACAAGCAUGAAAUGGCCAUUUGAAGAAUUACCCAAAUAUUAUGACUAUGUCAAAGAUAUUGCAUGCGGACCCUAUCAUUCCGCCUUUGUCACCAUAUGUUCCGAUGUGUAUGUUUGUGGUCUGGCAUGUUUUGGGCAAUUAGGAAUUGGAGUGUUUGCCAAUGGAGUAGUCGUACCUGUCAAGCUCAAUUUACACAAUGCAUUGCCCUCGUCUUACAUCCAACAAAAGAAUUUGGAAUUUUCUCCUCCAAAAAUGAUUGGUAUGAAUUCUGCCACAAAAGAAUGGCGAGUUUUUACAUCACAUAAUAAUUCAACCUUUUUGGUACAAACAUGUGUUAAGGGAAGGAUUGUGAGAUUUCACAAGCUAUUGCUGAAGAGUCUUCGACUUGAGAAGGAUCAAUGCAAGUUUUCUGAUCUUGUUCUCAUUUGUUAA